AUGCCUGCAGAUUACACUUCACAGCGCUCUAAAUAUGGAUAUGUGAGUUUCGUACAGUAAAAUGGUAAGCCAAGUGAUAGAAUAUCCUCUCAGUGAAAGUUGUGGGUAGAUUGACUGCAAGGACAGCUAUGCAGGGGGGAUUAGUGGAGGGCAGGAUGCACACAAUCUCUUCAGUCUAAUGGAUGAACAACCACCCCGCCACGUCGCAUGAGUGUAACGAACAAUAUUACUAUUCAAUAAGAGGAAUUUCUUCAUCGAUGUGAAAGUGUGAGAUCUUCAACAAAGAAGAAAUUCAUGAGAAGUUAGUUUUUGCCUUUUAAGCAUCUCUGUGAAAAGACAUAAAGCAACAGAUGUGUUGUUAGUAUUCUAAUAUCGAGAGGAGGGCUGGAGGGGGAUUAAAUCACAAUGCUGCUCUAGUGAUUUGCCAGCGCCUGGGCUUUGAUAGACAGGGUUGAAAAGAGCAUGUCAGUCAGAGUCAACAACAUACAGAAGGAUGUGAAGGGUGUGAGGACAAAAGGAGGCAACAAGAAAAAUAUUCCAAACUUCUUUGGGUGUAGAGGGAAGGAACACUAACAGGUAAGGAAAAAAAGAGUUUCAAACUUUUCUUUUUUUUUUUUUGGUUAACUGAAGAGCAUCACAUUUCAAGCAAACUGAGUUGCUUAGAAAAAAAAACAUCCUUUUUUUUUAAGAAAACUCAAUUUUUUUUAGAUAUUUUUGACAAUCUAUGAUGGUUCUACUGAUGAGAUGUUUGCGAUAUCUGCUGAUAAUGCUCACUUAUGCUCAUAAUGGUCCAAUUUAGUUUUUUAAAUGUAACAUUUCCCCCUUUGUAACUUGACAAAAUACAUCAGUUUUUUUCUAUUUUACUAAUAAACAGCUAGAUAAAUAUUGUAAACAAUCUUUGUUUCCACUGAUUUAUUUGGUCGUCUACCAGGCUUCCUUUAAAAAGUUGUGAUCAACAGCUCAGGGCUAUAAUCAAUGGAUAUUAUGGGCAGUGUAAACACACUAAAGUACUUCUCAUAAUAUAAAUUAUACUCUCAUAAAACCCUGUAAUGAUAACUGUGGGACUUUGCUUAAUCACUGUCAGGUGGAAGUUUAAUCUUUAACGCUUGGCUAACAGACAAUUUUGGUUCAACAUAUCCAAUAAAUUACAUGUUUCAGCACAGAUAAGAUAAGACCCAUCUUUAGAGCACAGUACGUCAAAUGAGUUCAUCCGGGAUGGGUCUCACUUUGCUUUGUAGGUGUCUCAAUGUCGUCUAGUAUAAUACAGUGCUGAUAUACAGUUUACUGUAUGCGGAAAAUAGGAUUGGAUCAAUUCUGCAUUUCCUUUUUAUUGUGGACUAAAUUAAGUCUUUGACUGAGCAUUAUAUAACAUCUGACUGAGAACAUUGGUAGAGCGUAAUCAAAAUGCCCCCUACAGUUGGUAUUUAUGGUUCGAGUCUACAGCAUUGCCUUUGAAAGCAUGGAUCUGUUUACUUGUUGAUACCAUAAGACUGAGAAUAAACCUCUAUUAGAAUUUAUAUUUGGAGUUUUCCUUUAGCUUGGCCCAGGGUGUCACUUUAAAUGAUAAACCAGAUGGCUGUUAUUCAAGAGAACUCAACAUGGAGAAAAAUUGAUGAGGGAGACUAUCCCUAUUUGUUCAAGCUAUGGGGAUCUGGGAUUUUGGAUUAAUAAUGUAGUGCUAGAGUUUAAUCCAGUUACAUGCAGAGAGUGAAGGGAGGAAAAUGGGGAUGGAACAAAUGGGGGAGUGAACGCCUGAGUUAUGGGAGGAGGAGAUGACAGAGAGAAUGAGAGUAACAGAGGGAUUAGGGUCAGCCAUGUUGAGCAUCUGGCUUAGAGAUCUCCAACUGUACUGCAACGCAUGGACAUCAGGAUUACAUAUGAAUACAUAUGAAAGUGUGUUAUUCGUCGCAGUAGGGCCAAAAUGACAGAGAACAUAGCAAAUCAACACCACCUGAAUAUUUACUCAAAUUCUGUGGUUUUCACAGCAGACAUGAGGGUGGUCAGCAUCCGUGCCAGGAGGGCUGCAGAGUCACCCGAACCGGAGUCAGAGGAGGCAACAGAGCCAGUUCAUCAUGAGCACUCAGAGCACCACACAGAACACCGUGAACACUCCCACACAGAACAUCACCCUGGACAUGACUACAACCACAUGAAGGAGAAAUUUAUGAAUGAACUUGGUCAUCUGCCAAGUAAGCACCUCCCUCCAAUGGUCAACAGAAAUACAUCAUUUAGUUAACUUAAUGAAUUAAUGUAUAUUUUGCCACUGAAAACUAAAUAACUUUAUUUUUAGUGGAAAGAAAAAUCAACUUCCUGUUAAUUUUACAAUUUCAAGUGCUGCAUUAUAAGUCUUUCUUUACAUUUAUAUUACACUGUUAGGACUAAAAGAAUCUUUUAAUUGUAGUAUUAGCCAUUUUGAACAGUCAGUCUUAAAUAAAUCAGGAUAGAAAAGUGAAGAAUUUUACAACUGCUGAAGUGUUGUAGUAAGGCACUAAAUGCUGGCGAGCACUGUUGUUGUAGGGACACUCCUCAGCCAGGAGUGUGUUAUUAUCAGAUUAUGGUCGAGGGUGUUGUCUAGAUCCCACUUGCCAGCUAACUGUCCAAAGAUAAACAAGUGUUAAAUUAAUUUUCGGAUCAUGAUAGAGCUUACCAAAGAACCCUGAAUUUAACUGUUAGAAUUACAUGUUAUAUAUUUUACAUUAAACACUUUCUCUUCUAAGCUUUGAGGGAUAAGAAGAAGUUUAAAUGAAACCUUCAACAGUUUUGUUGGACCCUUUCUGUGUUAGAAGAACAAGCUGACAAGUGAAAGUGGUUCUUACUUCUUUUAAAAUAUUAAUGGGAAAGAUUUAUAUCCUCAUAUUGGUCAUGUGCAGUUUUUAGAAAAUGGUAGACAGAUUUAAAUAUUUUUUGCUUAUUUAGAUAUUAAUGUUUACAAAUAAAUGUUAUACAAUGUUUUUUUGUUUUUUUGUCUGCUAGUAGUCAAAGUAUUUUGUAAAUCCCUGUAUUUAAAAGUACUUAAAAGUUAUUAUUAAAUAAAGUUAUUAUUUUGUAGUUAUCUGACAUCUUGUUCUGUCUGACCGACUUUAAUUCUGCGCAGUGGAGACAAAUGUGUGAACUAACCUCCUUUAAUGUUGCAGUUCCCAUGUGGGCAGUAGCUGCCAUUGUUGUGGUAGUCCUGGUUUUGGUGGGAUGCUUCAUCUUCUGUCUUUUCAAAAAAUGCUUUGGGAAAAAGAAAAAACCCAAAAAAGUGAGGGAGAGGAAGACGGGUCGGCGCAGGAAGGAAAAGGAAGGUGACGGGGAAGCAGGAGAGAAGGUAUGUGAUCUUCGGUUACCUCAACUUGUGUGUUUUAGUGAAGAUGUCAAUCUUCACAAUGAUUAUCCAGUGCAUUGUUGCUUUGAUUUUGUAGGAGGGUGAAGUGAAGAAGCAGGGUGAGGAAGAGGAGAAGGAGCAGGAGAAGCUGGGUAAACUAGAGUUCUCCUUGGACUACAACUUCACUGAUGCCCAGGUAAGUCUCCUAAGGGAACAAUGUUAUUUUCAAUUUAAUCCCAUUUAUGACAAAAAGAACUUACAAAAUCUAUUCAGGACCAUUUUAUGAUUCUUGUUUUCUCUCUUCUAAAGCUUAUAGUGGGCAUCCUUCAGGCUCAAGACCUUGCUGCUAUGGACAUGGGAGGGACCUCUGACCCCUAUGUCAAAGUGUUUUUGUUACCAGACAAAAAGAAAAAGUACGAGACCAAAGUUCAGCGCAAGAAUUUAUGUCCUGUUUUCAACGAGACGUUCAUCUUUAAGGUACCAUGCACUGACAUCAAGUGUUUGUUGUCUUGUUAAUGUCUGUUUGUUCUUUAUCUUGUCUUAUGUCUCUGUCGCAGCAUGUGUUCGUGUUGAUGACAUGUUACUUUUUUACCCUCAAGAGACAGGAGUUUGGACUAUGUGUCUACCUCCCCUCGUCUGUUGUCUGUCCUCUUGAAUGGCGUCUGUUAAGGUAUCCAUCCCCCUGAAAAAAAGUGUAGUAUGUUUAUAGCUGUCUCUUGUCACUUUAUGUCCUCUGGUAUUGUCUGGAUCUGGAAAUUGAGUAGUCUUCACUAAUGUCAUGACCUCUUCCCCCCUCUCUAAAUGUAUUUUUAAAACUUCUCUUUUUAGAUUCCGUAUGCUGAGUUAGGAGGAAAAACCUUGGUGCUGCAAGUCUUUGACUUUGAUCGAUUCUCCAAACAUGACAUGAUCGGUGAGAUUAAGAUUCCCAUGAACAGUGUUGAUUUGGGCCAGCCAAUGCAACAAUGGAGGGACUUGGAAAGUGGAGAGAAAGAGGAGGUAUGAUACGCUGUGUUUUUAUCCAUCCAUGUCUAAGUUAGUGAAAAUGUAGGCAUAGAUAAGCAGACUGAAAAACACUAAAUAGAUAGUUUUGGCCAUAUUUAUAUUUCUUCAGUGACAAACUAAAACAACGCCCAGAAUAUCCAGUUUAAUAAAAUUUUCUGUAGUUUUAUUUUUGAGGGCUCAUUUGUAAUUUUUUUUCUUUUAGCAAGAAAAAUUGGGGGACAUUUGCAUUUCUUUACGCUAUGUACCCACUGCUGGAAAACUGACAGUGAACAUCAUGGAGGCUAAGAAUCUGAAGAAAAUGGACGUUGGUGGCUUAUCAGGUAUUAAAGCUACUUGAUAUUGUUCUCUCAUAAAUCUUACCUUUUGUAAGAAUGGGAAAAACCAACAAACUCCUAUAAACAUAAUAAAGUCACAAUUGUAAAACCUCUUUUCUCUCCUAUAAGAUCCAUAUGUUAAGAUUGUUCUACAACAAAACGGGAAGCGCAUUAAGAAGAAAAAGACAACAGUGAAGAAGAACACGCUCAAUCCAUACUUCAAUGAAAGCUUCAGCUUUGAUGUCCCUUUUGAGCAGAUUCAGGUAUGCUGUCUUUUUAUCUCAACCUGUCAGACAUUUUACAGACAUAGAGAACCAGCCAAAAGUUUGGACACACCUUUACAUUUAGUGGUUUUCCUUCAUAUCUAUUGUUUUUUUCAUGACUACCUCAUGAAACCGAGUGAAUGCCAAGGGUGUGUAAAGCUGUCAUCAAGGCAAAAGGAGGCUGCUUUGAAGAAUAUAGAAUCUAUUCUCGUUUGUUUAACACUUUAUUAUUCCCUACAUAAUUUCACAUGUGCUUCUUCAUAGUUUUGAUAUCUUCAGUAUUAAUCUGAAAUGAAGAAAGUAAUCGUUUGCAGGGAAACCUCUGAAUGAGCUGGGAAGUCCAAACUUUUGACUUGACUUGCGAGUGUUGUUGGGGUGGAUUAAUUGAUAACACUCUUUUCUUUGUUAUCUCAGAAAGUGCAGGUUGUCAUCACAGUGUUUGACUAUGACAAACUUGGAAGCAAUGACCCCAUUGGGAAAACUUUCAUGGGUUAUGGAGCAACAGGAGUUGGCCUGCGACACUGGUCAGAUAUGCUCGCCAAUCCCAGACGUCCAGUAGCCCAGUGGCAUACGCUUCUGCCAGAGGAAGAGGUUGAUGCAGCAGUCAAAGCAAAACCACGUUAG